CUCUGCCGACUGGAGGGAUGUGACCCCGGAAAGGGACGCCCUGCUCAUAAUAUAACAGCCCAUUCAAACAGAUUACACUCGAAAUUAAAGCUGGACCAGGAGGGAGCCACAGGAGCAGAGGGGAUGAACCGCGAGGAGGCGCCGGGGAAGUCUCCUGAAGACAUGUAUAUCCAACAGAAAGUGCGGGUCCUGCUCAUGCUUAAAAAAAUGGGUUCUAAUCUUACUCCAAGUGAGGAAGCUUUUCUCCGGAAUUACGCAGGCGUGGUCCACAGUCAGAUGAGCCAGUUACCACAGCACAAUAUCGACCAGGGUCCAGAGGAUGUGGUGAUGUCAUUCACACGGUCAGAGACAGAGGACAGGCGACAGUGACCCAGGCCUCUGCCCCACCCCCCUCCACAUUAAAACCCUCCACCAUCCCAACAACAUUCAACUCCACAAACACAACACUGAUGAGCUCAGGAGAAAAGGGGCGAAGGAGGAGGAGACGCACUACACGCCGCCGGGCUCUCCACCCGUCCCCUAUCAUCCUGCCCCUUCCUCAUGUAGAGAUGGCACGACGUCACCUGAGAUGCGUUCAGGAGGGUCACUGUGGGCUGCAGCCUUGGCAAUAGGGCCCUCUGUGAAAACACACAUUGGAUAACUAUUUUGGGUUGUACUAUUAUUAUUAUUAUUAUUUCAUUUAUGUUGUGAGGAAUACAAGUAACGUUCAGUUCAUGUCGAGAUGUCAGUGAAGCGUCAACAGCUGGCUCGGGAGAGAAAGCAAGUGUCCAGUCAAGAUGCAGGCAGGAUAAUUAAUCCAGUCUGAGAGUUGUUGAAAUUAUUUCUGCUUUUUAAAUGAGCUUUCCUUUACAGGCUGCAGGUAGUUUGGGGUUUUAGCUGUUGGGUGUUGCUUUGUUUUAGAGGGGGCCUCAUUCUUUAAAACCUUUUUGAAUGAGCAGCAGGUUCAGCUGUGUCUCAGGAUCCCCGGUGGGGUUCAGUGUUACUAUUUACUACUUUAUCAUCUCAUCGGACCACUCAUGAGGUGAAGUUGGCGUGUAAACAUUCAACUUUUCCAGGAAUAAAUAUUUUAAAAUGACUGCAUGGCUACAUGUAACCUCAUCAACGUUUGUAGACUCGGUGCUUCUGUUGGCGGGAAUUCAUUUUAAUUUAUUAUCUCUUUAUAUCAGGUUAUGGCCUUUUUUAUUGGCGACCCCUGACCUUCAUCUGCUCGAUCUGUAGGAUUCUUAACAAGGUAUCGACAGGCUAACAGAUCAGUAUCAGUCUUUCAUGUUUAGUUGAUGCUGAGGGGUAAUGAGUCUCCUGGAUCAGU